AUGGCCGGGCCCAGCACCCACGUUGUCCCCAUGCUGUUCCUCGCCCUCCUGGUGCUCUCGGAGCUGAGCCUGGCAGGCUCCCUGGGACCUGGAACCCCGGCUCGGAACCUUCCUGAGAAUCACAUCGACCUCCAGGGCCCAGCACUGUGGAUGCCUCAGGCCAGCCACCACCGCCGGCGGGGCCUGGGCAAGAAGGAGCGGGGCCCAGGCAUGCCCGGCCGGGCUCAGGAUGGGGCUGUGGUCACCACCACCAGGCAGGCCUCCAGGCUGCCAGGGGCAGGGGAGCCGCUGCCCGGGCAGAGUCCUGCAGGCCUACUGGAGGACAAGGGCCCGCUCCUGGGGCUGGCACUGCCCUACCCGGAGAAGGAGAACCGGUCUCCCGGGUCAGAGAGGGUCAAGAAACGUGGCAGGGAGUUCAAGAGACGCAGGGAAAGGUUGAAACUGCACAGAGGCCGAGCCUUGGUCCGAGGUCCUAGCUCCCUGAUGAAGAAGGCAGAGCCGUCCGAAGACCAGGCACCGGAUGCCACGAUGGAGGAAUCCUCCACCAGCCUGGCCCCCACCAUCCUCUACCUAACCACCUUUGAGGCAGCACCUGCCACAGAAGAGUCCCUGGUCCUGCCUGUCACAUCCCUGUGGCCCCAGCAGGCUCAGCCCAGGCCUGAUGGGGAGGUGAUGCCCACACUGGACAUGGCCUUGUUCGACUGGACCGAUUAUGAAGACUUGAAACCUGAGGUCUGGCCCUCUGCAAAGAAGAAAGAGAAACACUGGGCUAAACUCUCCAGCGAUGGUAACGGAACGUCACCGGCUGAGGGUGAGCCGUGCGACCAUCAUCAAGACUGCCUGCCAGGGAGCUGCUGUGACCUUCGGGAACAUCUCUGCACGCCCCACAACCGCGGCCUCAACAACAAAUGCUUUGAUGAUUGCAUGUGUAUGGAAGGGCUGCGCUGCUAUGCCAAAUUCCACCGGAACCGCAGGGUCACACGGAGGAAGGGGCGCUGCGUGGAGCCGGAGACGGCCAACGGCGACCAGGGAUCCUUCAUCAACGUCUAG